AAUAAUCGAUAUAGCCUCUCGUGCUAGUCAUGCAUUUUCUGGGGUCUUCUGCUAUUCUCCGUUCCGUAAAAAAGUCCAACGUGCAGAACCGGUGUGCCGAUUGUUCCUACACAUAAUUUCUAGCAAAAAUGCAACCACAGAUCAUCCUGUUGAAGGAGGGGACUGAAGCUUCUCAAGGAAGAUCCCAGAUCAUUUCAAAUAUCAAUGCCUGCCAGGCUAUUGUCGACUGUGUUCGAACAACUCUUGGCCCCAGGGGCAUGGACAAAUUGAUGGUUGAUAUGGGUGGGAAAGCCACAAUCUCCAACGAUGGAGCAACUAUCAUGAAGCUACUUGACGUUGUUCACCCAGCAGCCAAAACUCUGGUUGACAUUGCAAAGUCUCAAGAUGCGGAAGUGGGAGAUGGUACCACCAGUGUGGUCAUCUUGGCUGGAGAAUUUCUCAAGCAAAUGAAACCAUUUGUCGAGGAAGGUGUUCACUCCCAAAUCAUCAUUCGCGGUGUCCGUAGGGCUACACAGCUAGCAGUUCAAUUCAUCAAUGAAAUUGCUGAGAAGCCCAAGAAAGAUGAUGAAACAGAACUGAGACAGUUGCUUGAGAAAUGUGCUGCUACCGCUAUGGGCUCUAAGCUGAUCAACCAACAGAAAGAUUUCUUCUCCAAGAUGGUUGUCGAUGCUGUCCUGAUGCUUGAUGAUCUGCUUCCCCUCAACAUGAUUGGCAUCAAGAAAGUACCUGGUGGAGCGUUGGAAGACACACUCCUUGUUGCUGGUGUUGCCUUCAAGAAAACCUUCUCAUACGCUGGUUUUGAAAUGCAGCCCAAACAGUACACUGAUCCCAAAAUUGCUCUGCUCAACAUUGAGCUGGAGCUCAAGGCUGAACGCGACAAUGCCGAAGUUCGUCUCGAGAACGUCGAGGAAUAUCAAAAAGUCGUCGAUGCCGAAUGGACCAUUUUGUACGACAAACUGGAGAAACUUCAUUUGAGCGGUGCUAAAGUUGUCCUUUCCAAACUUCCAAUUGGAGACGUCGCCACCCAGUAUUUCGCCGACCGUGACAUGUUCUGCGCCGGCCGUGUUCCCGAUGAAGAUCUUAAACGUACCAUGAAAGCUUGCGGUGGUUCAAUUCUGACGACUGUGGCUGAUCUCGGCGACUCCGUCCUCGGAACCUGUCAACAUUUCGAAGAGAGUCAAAUCGGCGGUGACAGGUUCAACCUUUUCAAAGGUUGCCCUCAAGCCAAAACUUGCACCAUCAUCAUUCGUGGUGGAGCUGAACAGUUUAUGGAAGAAACUGAACGAUCCCUUCACGAUGCCAUCAUGAUUGUCCGUCGAGCCAAGAAGAACGACGCCGUUGUUGCUGGUGGUGGAGCUAUUGAAAUGGAAUUGUCCAAACAUCUCCGCGACGUUUCCCGCACGAUCGCCGGCAAAGAGCAGAUGCUCAUCAGCGCCAUCGCUCGAGCCCUAGAGGUCAUUCCACGGCAGCUAUGUGAUAACGCUGGAUUCGAUUCGACCAACAUUUUGAACAAGUUGAGGCAGAAACAUGCCCAAGGUAACCGCUGGAUGGGAGUUGACAUUUUGAACGAAGAUGUGGCAGACAACAUGGAGAAGUGUGUCUGGGAACCGUCACUAGUGAAGAUCAACGCAUUGAGUGCUGCAUCCGAAGCGACGUGUCUUAUUCUCUCGGUGGACGAAACCAUCAAGAACCCGAAAUCCGGUGAAGGUCCAGCUCCUCCCGGCCGUGGCCGUCGUUAAGCAAACUCGUCCUUUCGAAAAAAAAUAAUCGCUUUUUGGAUCAAAAUAAAGCACAUUUUUUUUUCCCCGUUCACCUCACUUGUCUUUUGCUUGCUACUUCCUCCUCUUUUGGAUGUCAUUGAUGAAAGCGCUUGAAUAAUAAAUAGCAACACUCCUCACACUA